CCAAAUAUUGUCGACGCGUCGCGUCACUCCUUCCUGCCGCGCCCGCACCAGCCAGAUAUUCCUUUGACCCCCCGACUCUUUGUGCUUGCCUUUCUACAUAAUUCUUAAGACCGUGCGCUGCUAGCUUUAUCGCCAAGCUACUCACCCCUAGUUGUUCCCGGUAACCAGACGCUCUCAAGACAAGUACUCUUUCACCAGGAGAGGACUAGAGUCAAUUGCGCAGUGUAUGCAGGGGCAUUAGACUCUAGCAGGAAGGAGUGUGCGUGCCUUUGAUACACGUUGGACACUUACCCUCCCAAUCGGAAUCGAUAUGCAAACUGUAGAACCCAUCCCCAUCGAACUCGCGUUUCGGGAGGCUACACCUCUCCGGCGGUUCUUCGACCGAAAGGCCAAAGUCAAAGCUCCGGAUCCUGUUAUCCCAAUUCUCAAUGAAACUAACGCGGAGUCAGAUCUCUUGAAGGCCAUACGGAGUGUCCUCCGCGGCUCCAAAGAAGACGCCGCCAACCCUGUCACCUCUCAGCUGUAUCCUUGCCCAUCCAGCGACUAUAGCGCGGAAGAAGAAGAGCUAACCUGGGACACGUACCAUGUUGUUCUUGGCUCGGGUGGUGUGGUUCGCAAGAAGUGGAGCUUCGAGGAGGAGGGCCAGUCUGUUCAGUGGGCGUGCAUCGGAUCCUUCGAGGUGCCCGCAUCUGUCGCGAACACGGCGCGCUCAGGGCACUGCACAUCAGAAGACCAAGACUACCAAGAGGCUGCACUGCAAGACGAGAAACAGCGUCCCACAUUCGGCCCAUUCGCGCGUAUACGAGACGAGACGAAGAGCAAGCAAGAGCCACCUCUCCGGUGUCGCGCCGUAUUUAUCUUCCUGCGCAGCGUCGGCCGGGUGUUCUUCAUGAAUGGCCUUGAGCACACGUUUUACCUUCCGUUCAUCGUUCGCCGAGCGUGGGCUUUGGCGCCCCAUGGAAUCUUGAUGCAGCGUGUCCUGGAGCCAAACGAACUCGAGGAGGUGAAGGCGUCCGGGGAUGAGCUGCUGCCAACGCUUUUCACCAUGGUCAACCCUUUUGCGGAGGCGUCGACAGUUGGCCUCACUUCGUCAAUCAAGGCAGGCAUGCCAACAGCCCUGAAAGAGGAAGACCCUGAAAAACAAGCCGAGUCCAUGCCCGCUCACGAACAUGUCCUUUGGGCCUCAAGCCCUGGUGGCGAUCUCAUGGAGAAUAUCGUCGUCUCGGUCAACAGCGAGAUGAAGUUGCUGUCCAUCUGGCGGUACAUUUACGUGCACCCGAAAGACAUCCCUCAGUCUAUCCCCCGCAAAGAGACUCGUCGGACCGCAAAGUCUCGUAGUUCGCUUUCGAGUCCUAUCUCGCCAUCGCAGGGGUCCUUAAGCUCUGGUAUAAUGGAACAACCACCACUGGCAUCGCUUCCCGGUGCGCCGCCUGCGCUUACAAUAACGACCAUGGCAGCUGUCGUCCCUGGGUCGGUGCCUAAUGCCCCGCCCGCUACAGCACCCCCGCCUCCUUUCGGGCGACAAGAGCACCAGGUAAACCUUGACAAGGCCACAGUAGGUGGCAGAGUCGAUUCCACGCCAUACAUCGACCCCGUCGAUCAUUCUAGAAUGAAACCGUCGUUCUGGAUGGAGAAGCUGUCCAGUCAAGAAGUUUCAGAGGACGAUGUCGCUGAUUCCAAGAAUAUCUCUAUUGGGUUGUUCGACCGCCGAUGGGACGGAGAGACAGACCGAAUGCGCAUCGCGAUCUGCCUGCCACAUAGCCAACAAGUGAUCGUACUUCCCUUCUCUCAGCGCGAAAAAGGCGUCCUGGUUCAGGCAGAAGAGCCUGUACGCCUUCCUGCGGCUUCUAUCGCACCUGUUCGCGCUCUACGUUACAAAAUAUACGACCUCCUCGUGCUUAAACCGGAUAGCUCGCUGGUGCUUCUCACACAUGGUAUGCGUCGUGUGCCUCUCAGUUUUCGGGAUGAACGCACAAACCGAAUCAUUUCGCUCAAGGACCCGGUGGACUCUUCGGUGACUAUCUGUUACCAAGAUGGCAGCAGCAGGCGAACGACGAUCAAGCUAUCCCCCAGGGGCUCGUUGACGACCCAAACUCUUCAGAUACUCUCGAUUGUGCUCCCGAAGGGAGAGUUCUUUUCCCUUCAUCACGACUUCCUUCUGCACUGGUCACGAUCAGGGUUUAGUCAAGCAGACGAAGUUUCCUUUGGGGCUUUGAGUUCCACAAUAUAUGCCUUCCUAUCUGUGACAGAAGACGGGAAAUUUCGGAAUGCAUCUUCACUCUGGGAUUCCUUGCGAUUUUCGUCCAGCCUUGAUCGCUACCAGGACGACCCUGCACUCAAAAGCCUGAGGCUACCUCCGCCUUUUGUUCCGCCGGAACCCUUACCUCCAAAGAGCUGGAAACCGAACUCUUUCCAUGGCGUUAUCCUUAUUGGCCUCCACUAUAUCGCUCAGGAUCGCCUUCUGAACACUCACCUUUAUAGCACGCUCUCUGCUCUGGUGUCUAUCGUGUGUAAGCUUGCUAUGAUCGUUCGCCCCGAGUGGGCGGAUUAUUGGAAACGCCUCCUCCCGAGUGCGAUAGGUCCAUGGCCUUCACCGGCAAAGUCAGUGAUGACGCACCUCGAUGACAGACUGCCCGUGGCGCCGCCGGAUGCAUUCGCAACCUUAUGGAGUGUGAUCGCGCAUCCAGCCUGGGGUGCUGCGGCUGAGCCCGAGGAGCCAUGGACAGCGCUACUCCCCAUGGACACCCGCCCUGCUCUCGCUUUCGGCGAGGUCGACCCGCUCACACGAUUCCACACGCUGUUACACGUCUACCGCCAGCUCGACGACAGGGAUGCAACGACGCGCGAGCGUGCCGAAAGUACGCUGAUGGCCAUCCUCCAGGAGCGCCACCCUGUGCUCGACAAGCUUCCCAUCGGGCCUGCUGCGGCGCUCCGCGAAGCUCUGAGGACGUGCCAGCUGAACCCAUCCGGUGAUUGGCCGCUUUCCGCGUACCAGCUUGUCGGGCGCAACGACCUUGCGGAAGGUCUCAAUAGCUCGCACGAGCCACUCACUACCGGUGUGUAUCGCUCGGUGAAGGAUUACGUGUCGCCCGCGUUCUCACGAAAGUCUAUUCACGAGCUCGCCGACGAGACGCGGUGGGCACUGGUAGGAGAUCCCCUGAGUACUUCCGGGCCGGACCUGGAGUUUGAAGACUUCACCCAUAUACGUUUCGGCCAGGACAGACGCAUCGAGGAAGUGGCGCGGCUUUUAUCGUCGUCUAAGGUCUCGGUGCUCAAGACUGCAGAGCGGCCAGAGCUCAAUGAGCAUGAUCAGGCUAAGGAGCACCAGUUGCAGAUGCUGCGCGUCGCGGAGCGUACCCUAGCACUCCCACCGGGCAGAGCGCUCUUCACAUUCGGAGCAGUGCAGACCGUCACCCGCGAGGCUUAUGUCACUCCACGCGUCGAGUAUUCCAUCCGAGUAUACCCUCAGAACCAGCUUAUCGUGCCAGAGCCAGGCAAAAUUCCGCACGAGUGUGCUGCUUGGGGUGACUUCCACAACGGCGUUGCAGCUGGCUUGCGCAUUGCGCCGAACGCGACGGGCGUGCAGAGUUCGUGGAUCAAGUUCAACAAGCCAUCGGAGCUCACGCCUGAGCAUGCCGGUUUCCUCUACGCGUUGGGUCUCACCGGGCACCUGCGCGAGAUGCUCACUUGGCACACCUUUGCGUACCUCACCCCUAAACACGACCUCACUUCUAUUGCGGUGCUACUUGGCCUAGCCGCUGCGAACGCCGGCACGCGUAAUCGGCACGUCACGAAGCUCAUUGCGGUCCACACACCCGCGUUGUUACCGACGCCUGACGUCGACCUCAACGUACCGCUCAUCACGCAGGCAGCAGGCAUCUCCGGCAUCGGGUUGCUCUACAUGGGCACGAAGAAUCGGCGCAUGGCUGAGGUUUGUCUCAGCCAAAUCAGCCGGCGCGACCUCGUCCAGCCCGACCUGAGUAACGAGUUUCGUGAGGCGUACACGUUCAGCGCCGCGCUCGCAUUCGGAAUGGUCAUGCUCGGCAAGGGCUCGGAUGUCCCCGCGGACCUCGUGCUGCUCUCGCGCCUCCGGGUGCUCAUCCAAGGCGAGACACAGGCGAACACUACCCUCAAGCACCAGCGGCCGGCGUUCGACGUCAACCUGACGAGCCCAGCGGCGACGAUCGCGCUGGGAUUGAUGUAUCUACGCACUGAACGGCGCGACGUCGCCGACGUCCUAAGCAUCCCAGACACGAUACUCACACUCGACCGCAUCCAACCAAGCUUCCUUCUCCUGCGCACGCUUGCGCGCUGCCUCAUCCUAUUCGAAAGCAUACAGCCGACGAACGACUGGCUGAUGUCUCAGCUCCCGGAGUCAAUUUGCAAUGCGAUGGCGGAGAAGCAGAAGGGAAAGACAGUGCACGAGAGCUUCGAGCUAGCGUACUACAACAUUAUCGCCGGCGCUUGCUUUGCGGUUUCCCUGAAAUAUGCAGGAACUGCGAGGGAAGAAGCUUAUCUGCUCCUGAUACGGUACAAUGACAUGUUUACGCAGAUGGCGUAUUCAAACACUCCUGCCAUUGAGCACCGUAUCAAACGAGCCGCCAUCCGGGAUGGUCUCAACACGAUCUCUGUCGCCCUCAACAUGAUUAUGGCUGGCACAGGCGAGAUCAACUGUUUGCGACGUCUCCGUUACUCCUUUGGCAUGCAGAACCUAAAUUUCAAGUAUGGCACGCACGUCAUGGUGCACAUGUCUCUCGGUUUACUCUUCCUUGGUGGCGGCAAAUACACCCUGGGCACGUCGGACGCCGCCAUUGCAUGUCUCGUCACCGCGUUUUUCCCGCGUUUCAACCAGGUCUCGUCUGAUAACAAGACAUACUUGCAGGCGCUGCGACAUCUAUGGGUUCUUGCCGUUGAGCCGCGAUGUCUAGUCACUCGGGACGUUGACACCAAGGAGGUUGUCUAUCUGCCAGUCAAGAUUAAAGUCAGGGACGAAAACGGCCUUGGAACAGCGCAACUCAUCGCUCCAACGCUGAUUCCGGAUGUCGACAAAAUACAAUCGAUCAGGGUUGACACUCCGCGAUACUGGCCGUUUUACCUUGACAUUGCGAAUAUGUCUCACCACAAGGAGUCACUUCUUCGAAGUCAGACGUUGUACGUGAAGAGACGUUCGGCAUUUUUGAGCUACACGGAAGAUCCAAAAGGCAGCCGCAGUUUGUUUGUCCGCUCAGGCUCUUCUGCAGGCGAUGCUGCUGUGCUGGACUUUCCACAACUCAAGCUCAGUGAUCAGCAUCCGGCGACUGAUUUGCACGAGUUUAUCUCUUCGUACUCAAAUGAUGCUUUCUUCCUCGCGUUUGCUGAUCGAUUCUGUCGCGAUGAAGGCCAGACAGAACAAGAGCGACUCUUCCUUGCGUACUGCCACGCGACGCUCCUGGACAGCAUACUACAAGACAAGUCGGACACGAUCCAGACGCAUCUCACUCUAUACCGCUAUCGCACGAUGUCGAUAAACAGUCCGCACAUCGGGUUGGCUCAACAGGAUCUGCGGUUCGCAGCCGAGUUCUACAACAAGGUCUUCAUGCGUUGGUUCAGCGGCAUCUCAGAGAACAAUGUGCGGCCGCCCCUCCUCCGUGAGAGCACCCUGCGCGCAGCAUCUCUUCAGCUCGACAGUCAGAUCGAGACGUUCAGGACGCGCAAGGACUUCACUUUCAUGCUACGCAAGUAUAUCCGCGGUGCAGGCAUCCCAGCGUACAACCGCGACACGCGGCGAACAGAGUACGAGCUCUCGCGAUCCUUGGCCAUGUAUCUCCAACGACACAGUGUGCCAGUGUCAACGCUAUUGGUUGUGCUCAAAGCGUUGGCAGUCUCUUCGCACGCCAGAUGUCUGCAGGCACCGCCUCCACAUGGGACGGACGACCAGACUGUGCUGGACGAGGCGAUCAGGGAAGUAGUGCAUGCGACUGGCCUACAAAUGACUUCUUAUGUUGGUGGCGGAUGGUCUAUAUCGUCGUUGGAGGAGAUCCUCGCAAGUUGGAACGAAGAGGUCGCCAGCACUGCGCCGGGGAACGCUAGAAUGGAAGCAGCCGAAUAAGGAUUGGGCUUUGGUCACUAUCGUCGCUUGAAUAAUGCUGUUAUCUUGUAAAUUGCACUGCCCUCGUUUUGUAAUACCAAUAGCCUACUCGGCCCUACCUUGAUUUGCAUUGAUAACGAAUACCGGCUCGGGGUGGUGGGUGCGCAAGAGUAAACGGCUACGUCAAAUCCAUGCAUAUGUGGCUACAGGUAAAAUGCAAAAAAUGCGCUGAGGAAGGUCCGCUUGUAUCCACCACUGCAGAAGAAAUGUUUACAUGGGUAUGAGAGGAUACAGCCUGCAGUCUCAAAUGUUACGGGUAAUGCUGAUGCUGAUACAAACAGACACGGACACAAUGGAUGAAUCAUAAAGAUAGGUCAUGACGGGUCGUAAAGGUCGUAACGGUCAUUAUUUGGCGGGAGUACCAAGGUUCUUACGGUAUUUGCCCUUGUCCUUAGCGAUGGGGGAGGCAGAGCGGGCACGAUUAUCGUCCUGUAAUGCGCCGGAACGUGCAGGGCGGACGCCACAGUCCAGUGGUGCGACUUCACCGCACUUGAUGUGUGCCCUGAGAUAGAGCUGGACUUAGUAUGGCUUUCCUUAACAGAAGAUAUCAAACACACCUCAUUCCACAGUCAUCGCACUCAAGCACCGGUUUCCACCCAAGUCGCUUCAUGCAGAUGUCGCACUUGCUCCCGAGCAGUGUGCUGCUGAACAAAAAGUCCAGCGGGUUCCACACCGCAGUCUCCUGUGGACCAUUGCGAGCCGGAGACGUCGUCCCGCUGCGAGGCUCAGCACCGCCGAUACUCGUGCGACGCCCACCGGGCUUGAUGAGGGUGAAUCGGUGCACGAGCGGCACGACGGCGCUUGGGCGCUGCGCCAUUGUUGAGCCUUCGGUGGCGGCAGCGAUGGAGAUUUCGGACCCGGAUGCAUUGCCGUUUGCUUGCUCGAACGCGGACAUCGAGCCUGCGGUGUAGUACGAGUCUAUCGAGAUGAGAGAGUCGGUCG